UUUGCGCAACUGCUUGGAUUUCUCAAGUGCAUGUGGCAACUCAGCCCAGCUCUGGGUGGAAACCGGCAGGGCUCCGGAGGGUCCCUGAGGCCACGGGAGCUGUCAAGGCUGCGGCGGGGACAGGAGAGGAUCGAGGCGCAGGCGGCGGGGGAAAACACCCACAACUUUCCACCCCAGCCGCAGCUUUUUCGGCCGCCGAGAAUUUCCUCCGAAACCACAGCUGCGGAGCAACCGAGUGCAUGGGGCGCAACACUUCCCCUUGUUGUGGGAAGUAAGGGAGUCGUCCCACCCCCUUUAUCUCUUUUCUUUUUCUUUCGGCUGGUCCUGGGAGCCUUUCCUUCGGCCGUCCCGUGUCUGUCGCGCGCUCGGAGCAGGGAAAGUCCAUGAGCUUGAUAAUGGAGGAGAACAAUGACUCCACGGAGAGCCCCCAACAAGGCCAAGGGCGGAAUAAUGCCCUGAAGUGUGGGUGGCUGAGGAAGCAAGGAGGCUUUGUCAAGACUUGGCAUACCCGCUGGUUUGUGCUCAAGGGAGAUCAGCUCUACUAUUUCAAAGAUGAAGAUGAAACCAAGCCCUUGGGUACUAUUUUUCUGCCUGGAAAUAAAGUCCUUGAACAUCCCUGUAAUGAAGAGAGCCCAGGGAAAUUCCUUUUUGAAGUAGUUCCAGGAGGUGAUCGGGAUCGGAUGACAGCAAAUCAUGAGAGCUACCUGCUUAUGGCGAGCACCCAGAAUGAUAUGGAAGACUGGGUGAAGUCCAUCCGCCGAGUCAUAUGGGGACCUUUUGGAGGAGGCAUUUUUGGACAGAAAUUGGAAGAGACUGUCCGUUAUGAGAAGAGAUAUGGGAACCGUCUGGCCCCGAUGCUGGUGGAGCAGUGCGUGGACUUCAUCCGACAACGGGGGCUGAAGGAAGAGGGCCUCUUCCGACUGCCAGGCCAGGCCAACCUUGUUAAGGAACUCCAGGAUGCCUUCGACUGUGGAGAGAAGCCAUCAUUUGACAGCAACACGGACGUGCACACGGUGGCGUCGCUUCUCAAACUCUAUCUCCGGGAGCUUCCAGAGCCUGUCAUUCCCUACGCGAAGUAUGAAGAUUUCCUGUCCUGUGCCAAACUGCUCAGCAAGGAGGAGGAAGCAGGUGUUAAAGAAUUAGCAAAGCAGGUGAAGAGUUUGCCGGUGGUCAAUUAUAACCUCCUCAAGUAUAUUUGCAGAUUCUUGGAUGAAGUACAGUCCUAUUCAGGAGUUAACAAAAUGAGUGUGCAGAACUUGGCCACUGUCUUUGGGCCUAACAUCCUGCGCCCCAAAGUGGAAGAUCCUUUGACUAUCAUGGAGGGCACCGUGGUGGUCCAGCAAUUGAUGUCAAUGAUGAUUAGCAAACAUGAUCGCCUUUUCCCCAAAGAUACGGACUUGCAAAGCAAGCCCCAAGACGGAGUGAGCAACAACAACAACGAAGUUCCGAAGAAAAUCACCAUGGGUCAGCUACAGAACAAAGAGAACAACAAUACCAAGGACAGUCCUGUCAGGCGAUGCUCGUGGGAGAAGCCUGAGUCUCCCCAGAAAAGCAGCCUAGAUAAUGGAUCCCCCACAGCUCUGUCAGGUAGCAAAACUAACAGCCCAAGAAACAGUGUUCACAAGCCAGAUGUCUCCAGGAGCCCCCCUCUCAUGGUAAAAAAGAACCCCGCCUUCAAUAAGGGCAGCGGGAUUGUCACCAAUGGGUCCUUCAGCAGCAGUAAUGCAGAAGGUCUUGAGAAAACUCAAACCACUCCCAAUGGGAGCUUACAGGCCAGAAGGACCUCUUCACUGAAGGGGUCUGGUACCAAAAUGGGCACCCAGAGUGUGCAGAACGGAACGGUGCGAAUGGGCAUUUUAAACACCGACUCACUUGGGAACCCCAUGAAUGGUCGCAGCAUGACCUGGCUGCCCAAUGGCUGUGUGACCCUGAGGGAUAACAAGCAGAAAGAGCAGACAGGAGAGUCAGGCCAGCACAACAGGCUGUCCACCUACGAUAACGUCCAUCAGCAGUUCUCCAUGAUGAACCUCGAUGACAAGCAGAGUGUUGACAGCGCCACCUGGUCCACUUCCUCCUGCGAAAUCUCCCUCCCCGAGAACUCCAACUCCUGUCGCUCCUCCACCACCACCUGCCCAGAGCAAGACUUUUAUGGCGGGAACUUUGAGGACCCUGUUUUGGACGGGCCCCCGCAGGACGAUCUUUCCCACCCUGGGGACUAUGAAAACAAAAGUGACCGGAGGAGUGUGGGAGGUCGCAGUAGCCGUGCCACCAGCAGCAGCGACAACAGUGAGACGUUUGUGGGCAACAGCAGCAGCAACCACAGCGCACUGCACAGCUUAGUGUCCAGCCUGAAGCAGGAAAUGACCAAGCAGAAGAUAGAGUAUGAGUCCAAGAUAAAGAGCUUAGAGCAGCGAAACUUGACGUUGGAAACAGAAAUGAUGAGCCUCCACGAUGAACUGGAUCAGGAGAGGAAAAAGUUCACGAUGAUAGAGAUCAAAAUGCGAAAUGCAGAGCGAGCGAAAGAAGACGCUGAGAAAAGAAAUGACAUGCUUCAGAAAGAAAUGGAGCAGUUUUUUUCCACGUUUGGGGAGCUGACCGUGGAGCCCAGGAGAACCGAGAGAGGAAACACGAUAUGGAUCCAGUGAGCCUUCUCCUGCUGUCUCUGGUGGAUUGGGGAAGGACUCGUGGGUUCCUGUGGGAUCAGGUGGCGGGUCACCUGGCUGUACAGUGCUAACUGGUGAAGGAAUAUCAUUUACAGACAUUACCCAUCCAUAUCUGCAACGUGUACCAAAGUUAUAUCAUGCCCAUAUGCUACUGUCAAGUGUUACAACUGGAUAUGUGUAUAUAGAGUAGUUUUUAAAAAGUAAAGUAAAAAUGAGAAGCAUAUCUCAAGAAUUAUUUUAUUGCAAGUCUUGUAUUUAAAAUGUUAAUUCAAUAUGUUGUUGCAAUUUAGCUUGCUUUCAAGCUUCACCCUUGCACUUAACAUAAGCUAUUUUUGGCAUUGUGUUAUCAUCAGCUUA